UAAAACAAAACAAAAGCAAUAACAGAUUCAUUGUUUGACGAGCGAGAAGAACGGAGAUAACGAAGAAAUGGAGGUUCUGAAUGAAGAAGAAGAGUACAAUUGGAGAGAAGUGACUCUUCCAUCUUUGAUCCCUGUGGUUCCUAAACCAGAGCUCGAGAGAGAGAGUGGAGAGAGGAGGAGAGGCAGAGACAUACUCAUAGCUAUCGAUCAUGGACCCAACAGCAAACACGCCUUUGAUUGGGCCUUGAUCCAUCUCUGCAGGCUAGCUGAUACUAUCCAUCUUGUCCAUGCUGUUUCCAGCGUGAAAAAUGAUGUUGUUUAUGAGAUGGCCCAAGGGCUUAUGGAGAAGCUUGCUGUGGAGGCUUUCCAGGUUGUUAUGGUGAAGAGUGUGGCUCGGAUUGUGGAAGGGGAUGCAGGUAAGGUUAUUUGUAAAGAAGCAGAGAGAUUGAGGCCUGCAGCUGUAGUGAUGGGUACCAGAGGCAGAGGCAUAGUUCAAAGUGUGCUGCAGGGAAGUGUGAGUGAGUACUGCUUCCACCAUUGUAAAGCAGCUCCUGUUAUAAUUGUUCCUGGGAAAGAAUCAUGUUCUGCAAUUUGGGACGUAAGCACUGCUUGCUUUUGGGGUGACUCGGUGAAUUUGGCAAUGCAUAACAAUUUUUCAAAAGAAGGAACUUAAUGAGCUCUUCUUUAUUUUGUUGGGUACUUAUUUAAUAAGUACUCACAAGUUCAGUAGUUUUACUGAGCUCAUCAAGUUCAGUAGUUGGGUUUUACUAACAAGCAACAACUCUUGAAUUGUCUGCCCUAUACCUCACAAACUCCUCUAGAGUUUUCAACCACUCACUUGUAAUCUUUUGCACAUCUGAAUACUUUUAUGAUCAAGCCUCGCUAGUAUUUUCACACCAAUUAUAAAACACAAUCAGUUUAUCAACA